CAUCACUUUAAAUGCAGUUUGCUUUAAGAGGGGGAGGCAGCAACAGGCAGGAGUAGAGUGAGAGGUGAAUGCCAGUGACAGUGUAGACAGGAAUCUGGACAUUACGCAUCUGGACAUAUUCAGGAGAGAUGACUCUUCAAUCUACGAGCAUCCCAGUCUACGCCACCACACUACCGUAUGGAGACCAAAACGACACCAAUGUCACUGAUUGUCCAGACUUAGACAUCUGGCACUGGCUCAAUGACAAUCAGCCGGUGUAUAUUCUGGUCCUCACUGUGCUGGGAAUCUUAUUAAACGUGAUCGUCCUGUUGGUUUUCUGCCUCCACAAGAAGGCCUGCACUGUGGCUGAGAUCUACUUGAGCAACCUGGCUGCUGCCGACCUUGUCCUGGUGUCCUGUUUGCCGUUCUGGGCUGUCAACAUCUCCAAUAAUUUCAAUUGGCCCUUUGGUCAAUUCAUGUGCAAAGUCGUCAAUGUGGGCAUAAAGAUGAAUGUCUACUGCAGCAUCUACUUCCUUGUUCUGGUUAGCAUAGAUCGCUACAUAGCACUGGUGCAUACGAUGUCAUACGGAAGAAUGCGCAGACCAAAGUAUGCCAAACUAGGUAGUCUGCUGACAUGGGGUUUCGGCUUGCUCCUAAGUGUCCCUGCACUCGUCUUUAGGGAAGUGAGACAUUUCCCUCAGUAUGGUAUGGUAUGCUUUCUGGCCUACCCAAGCCACACCGUAGAGCUGCUCUGUGACGGGAUGUUGAUAGUUUUUAGCUUUAUAAUUCCAAUUUCAAUUAUCACAUUCUGCACCUACAAGAUCAUUCAGGCUUUGCAUGUCCAGGCAAUAGAGAGGAUCAACGCAGAGAAGACAGAGCAAAAGGCCACCACUCUAGUACUGGCGGUCCUUCUGGCCUUCCUCAUCUGCUGGGUACCAUUCCACAUGGUCACCAUACUGGAUGUGCUCCUACGAGCUGAAGUCCUCGGAGGCUGUCACCUAUCGGGCGCCAUCGACAUCUGCAACCAGAUAUUCACCUACUUAGCCUUUUUCAAUAGCGUUCUCAAUCCCAUCCUCUACGUCAUUGUAGGAAAGAACUUCCGCAAAAAAGUGUGGGAAGUCCUCCAUCAGUGGAGUAACAAAUCGAAAAGCACUGAGUCCGUACGUUCAAAUCUGUCCUCUACGCUGAAGACUUUGGUAUAAAAGCAGAAAACACUGACUGAGGUGGGCACUCAUUAAAAAAAAAUCUUUCCUCAGUGUUAAUAAUUUAGUUGACAGUUCAUGGUUAAAGGUACAGUAGGUGCAACUAUGUGUGUUGAUUGUGUGUUGUGUUUACUAUUAUUUAGUCUCAGCUGUAUAAAACUAUUAUCCUGUAUAUAAUUUAUCUUAUGCUAGAAAAACUUAUGUUUUAUACUUUUGGGGCCCGGUGCCUUGCGCUUAAUUUCUAUUGAGAGGACCUGCAUGCACACAAAUGUAGUGAUGCAUACCUGCCUGGUCAUUGUAAAACAUUUAUGUAAAUGUUAUUGCCAUGUGUUACCUUAUAUUCCUCAUCUCAUCUCUAUAAAGAUGUAAAUAGCAUUUGCUUUUCUCAGGACAUAAGCUUAAAAUAAAACAUUCACAUGGUCCUUA